GCCAAUAUCACUAAAAAUACAGCUUAGCUAUUUUUAAUAUAACAAAAAAAUUAUAUAACUUAUUUGAAAAGAAUAUCGAUAUAAAGAGCCUACAUCUGUGGCAGAUGUUGAUGUCAAUCAUAAUGAAAUAUAUUCCAAUAAAAUAACUUACCAAAACAUUAACUACAAAGAAAAUAGUUCAAGUUAUCAAUGCCACAGUUUUUCUUAUAAUGAAAAAAUAAAAAAACCAAAAUUGCAAAUAGAUAAUAUCAUCAAUGAUAUUGCGUAAUAAACAUUUGAGUGAAAUGACAAGAUGACAAAUGAGAAGAGUGCAAAACACCUUGUUCAGUUUAUGUCGAGAUAUUGAAGACGAAUGAGCAAUAUUGUGGAGUUCUUCAAAUAAAUUACAAAAAUAAAUAGAAAGAUAAAUUAAAAAUGAUUAAUAAAUUAUUAUGGAUUGUAUUAUUUAUAAAUACAUUUAUUGUGAGAAUAAAUGGAACUAUGUCAGUGACACAAGUGAGGGCAGGUGAACAAGCUACUUUGUAUUGUUUAAGUAAUGAUCAUGAUCAUAGAUUCAUGUUCUGGCAAUUAGAAAAUAAAAAUAUAGUUGGUCCUGGUAAUCAAUUUGAUGGAAAAAAAUUUAAUUAUGAAGUAUUAACCGGUAAAUUAUUCAUUUGGAGUGUAACUUCAAUGGACGCAGGAAUUUAUCAAUGUGUAUCACGAGGAAUUGAGGACAAUUCAAAGUAUAAUAUAAAUACUGUAGAAUUAAUUGUAUUUACAAAUGCAAAUGAUUGGACAAGUGAUUUUGAGAUGAAUUUAUUACGGGGUUUAACGGCAGUAAUGAUAGUUCUAAUUCUUAUAGCAGUAAUUUUAAUAUUUAUGUUAAGAAAACAAAGGCGUAACAAAAAAUUCUCAGAUAUGCCAGGAUCAAGAGGAACUUGUAUAGAUAAAUAUCAAGUAAAUGCACCAACGAUAAAAGUUGAAACAAACCGAGGCAUAGACAAUCCUGGUUUAGAAAGUGAUUUACCAAAAGUAUUUGCACAUCAUAGAAAUGAACAAGCUCUUCCUUAAAAAAAGAUAUUUCGCAAUGUCUUAUGACUUCAAAAAAAUUCUUUACGAUUAUUACAACAAAGUUUCGAAAAAUUUUUACUCAUUAUUAAAUGCAUAAUAAACUCCAUUUGUAAAUAUUUCAAUUUAAAUGAUAUUGUAUAAAAAAUAUAGAAAUAAAUUAUUUAAAAAAUUUA